AUGGCGGCUGCUGGUGUUGCGAGACCUCUACGUGUAUCCGAUAGGCCGCUGGAUGAAACCAUAGUGGCGGCAUCUCAGAGAACUUCAGUUCCCUUUGAUCCGCUCCAGCAUCUAUGCUACAGCCGGCCUUCAUCAACAAUCAGUCUUGAUGACCUUAAACUCGAUUUCCCGCAGGCCAGCUCACAAACGGCCAUCACUGCACCAUUCCCACUCCUAUCUCCAGCCGGUGUUCGAGAGUUACGUGCCGACAUAUUUCGCCCCGAAAUUGUCGGCAAGUAUGGCUCGUGGAAAUAUCCAGGCGUCUAUCGCAUUCGUGGAUAUGGACCAGCCGCGCCGUUUGCCUACUCAAUGUGGCGAAGUCCCGAAGUGCUAAGGGCAUGUUCAGACGCGGCUGGCGUGGACUUGGACGUCAUCAUGGACUAUGAGAUUGGACAGCUCAAUGUUCAAUUGCCCAAGCACCCUCCGAAAGCGAGUAGUGACGAUACUGUAACAAAUGAAGAGGGUGCGGAUCUCAAAGACCUUGUUUCCGCGUGGCAUCACGACUCUUAUCCGUGGGUGUGUGUGCUGAUGCUCUCCGACCCUGUCGGCAUGUCGGGCGGCGAGACAGCGCUGCGCAAAGGCGAUGGAGGAAUCUUGAAGAUGAGGCAACCAGGCAUGGGAUAUGCCGUCAUGAUGCAAGGCAGCAUGGUCUCGCACGCUGCUCUGCGCACACUCGGCAGCGGUGAGCGCAUCACCUUUGUCGUCUCUAUGCGCCCCCGAGAUCCGAUGCUGCAGGACACGAGCACGUUGCGUACCGUCAAGCCCAUCAGCAACAACGACGAGCUGUUCCGGCAGUGGACAGGCUAUCGUUUUGAUGUUGUGAUUCAGCGCCUGGCCAAGAUGCGUGAGGUGCUACAGGCUGAGGGAAGACCAGCUGCCGAGACGCACCGGCUGACGAAGGAGUGGGUGCAGGAGCAGAUUGAGUAUCUGCAGUCAACAGUGGAUGAGAUGGAUCUAAAUGAUUAUGUAGCCCCGAAUUUUAAAUAG